GCUGGCUUCCCCCCGCCCCCCGUCAGUGGAUAAAGGGGGACAAGAAUAUGCCUCCAAUGCCGGAAGGUGGGGGGGGGCGGGGGGAGGAGAGGCAGAGUAAAUGGGCGGCAUCGUCAGAAGCCUUUGCAGGUUCCUGAGGAAGACCUGGAAGAGGAAAGGAAGCGGGCGAGCCGAGGUGCUGGAGAGACGAAGUUACCUUGAAGCUUCUGGGGAAGAAUCCGAAGAUGAUCUGUGGUUUCGAGGGGAGACCGGUGUGAGGGCCGCAGCGGGGGCGGGUGGCGGGACCGGGACGUGCGGGGGGAGGUCCGGACAGCGGCGGGGUGCCCGGGGCGACGGCUGUCCGGCGCGGCGUCCCUCCGGUUCCGCGGCGGCGGCGCCUCUAGGCCUCACGGCCGGACCUGAACCUCAGCGCUCCGGCGGUGGCGACGGCGGCGGCAGCCUCACGAUCCUCCCCCGCGGACCCGUCCCAUCAAAUCGGCACCGACCCCGUUGCGGCUCCGCCGGCGGCUCCUCGCUCACAUUCCCGGCGGGCGGCGCCUCUGCUCGUUGCCCCGGACCCGGCGGCGGCGGCGGCGACGACGUGGGGAGGGGGGAAGGGAGGGAGGAAGAGUGGAUCCGCAGCGGCAGCAGGAGAAGGAAGGAGAAGGAGGAGGAGCCGCUGGAGCUGUAGCCGCCGCUGCCAGAGCCGCCCUUUGGUACCCGCGGUGGGUCCCCGUCAAUGCCCCUUUCUCUCUCCUAUUGUCAAUAUCACCGGGCGGCUGAGUCCAUGGCACACGCGCAACCGAACCUUCUGGCCAGCAGCGCCCGCCUCCGGCGCCCGCUCACUGGAGGCUUCAAACGGGAAGCGAGGCCUCAUUGGCCCGCGUCCGCCUUCACUCCCAUGCCAGCAGGUUCGUCUGAGAGCCGAUCAGGGAUUGGCGGCGGGGGGGCGGAGAAACAGGAGGGUGGGAAGAGACAAGGCCGAGGAUUGGGCUGAGGCGAGAAGGACCCGGAUGCAGCCGCGAUCUCCGGCCGCGCUGCUGCAGCUUCCGCCAGGCGGGUGGGUAGACUGUAGUACGGGAGCACUGCAGCCCCUAGGCCGUUGAGGAGCUCCUGAAACCCGGGAGGUGUGCGACUGAUAGAUCAAUGGGAUGGCUGGGUUUCCACGCAGUGCGGCUUCUCUGGGCGGCGGUUGUCUUCAGCGAGAGGAUUCCAAGGGCAAGGGUCGGCUGAGGGUGGGGGAGGCCCCUGGGCCUUGGAUCCGCCCCCUUCAGCAGCUAGGCUGGCCGGUCUGGGCUUGAGGAGCCCCAACUCGGGACGGGUACCAGCGCUGAAAUAAGCGCAGAAAGAAGGAAGAUGUCCUGCCCGCGCCUGUGCACCACUGUGUCAAUGGGCCCCUUGCAGCACGCCCUGAAACCUCCAGCAGUCGCUCUUCCCUGAACCUUGUGGGAGUCCUGGCACCGAAAUCUGAACCUCUGGGCCUGGGCCAAGGGUUGGGUAUCGCUUCGAAUUCUGACUCACCUCGUCUCCGUUUCCCUAAACCUCUCUUUGAGUAUCAGCUCCCUGAAGCUCCUGCAAGCCACGAUAGCGGCUAGCCCAGUGUAGCUCUUGCAGGAGGGAUCGCUGUGCCUGUGCUCUGCAAUCAUUUAUCCGGAUCAGCUACGUGGGCCCUCCUGCUGCACGGAGCUCAAGGAAACCCAGCUCCAGACUGCACGAGCUUUGUGAGAUUUUAAUUGGCAAACUGGAUCCGAAAGAGUUUAUGGAGAAAACUUCUCUCAACUCUAGCUAGACAAGUAAUAAAAUACUUAGGGAUGUGUUUACGUGCUUGGUGAGCCCAAACCCAAAUGGUGCAAUUCCAGAUAAUGUUAUUGGGGCUCUUCGUUCCAUUUGAAUGCACGCGGGGCACAUCUUUUUUGGGGGUUGGGAGGGGUGGGCUUGAGGCAGGAAGAAACAAAUUCUUUUUUUUUUUUUUUUUUUUAGGAAGAAACAAAUUCUUAAUGGUAACUACUAAUGACAGAUCACCAGUUGCUGAAAACUUGGAAGACGAAAAAUAUUUUCUAACAUUUAUAAACCCUGUUAACAUUUUGAUGUACUUCCCUCCAGUGUUUUUUUUUUCCUUUAAUUUUGUAUGUUUUGUUCUGUAGCCUAGUUUUUCCCCCUCAGCGUUUUAUCAUGUUUUCUAUACAGUUAAGAAAUAAGACUAUGUACCAUAUGUACAAGUAACAACAACAGCAACAAAAUGCAUUUCUUGUUUGUUUUAACAGUGAGGUGUUGCAAAUUUUUAUUCACACUCCCGUAAAUGGAUCAUGAGUGAAAAAUAAAAUUGUGUGCCAUGAAA